CAGAGCUAGUCACCCCUGCAAAAACAACACCGCGAGAGUCAAUAUCUCCAUCAGAUAUUGAUGACCAACAAACCCUCCUUUUUCAGAUUCCCUUCAUUAUGUUUUACCCCGGUGGUAAUCCUUCCAUGCAAUAGUCAUCUUCUCGGUAAGGUCCCACCUGAUUACCGACGAAGCUCGCGUCGGUAAAUGGAGAAUCCUGCAACCUCCACCUUCUCGGUAAGUUCAGCACGGUUUUCGAAACCCUGCUGCUGAAGUCUUGUUUUGCAGCUUUUUUCUCCAUAUGCAGACAGGAUUCACGUCUAUAACUGGUUUUUGCAACCACAUCUUCUCGGUAAUGGCGCUGGUCAAGCAGAAGUCUGAUGCAGUGCAGGAGGUGAUCAGCUUUUCAGUUUGCAACGUGAACCUCGUCGGUAAGGUUGGUCCUUGCUCAUCUUCCCUGCCGAACCCCCUCUUCCCCUCUCAUUUUCGUCUUCCUCUUCCGACAACAGUUUCCUUUCCUCCAUUCUUUCCUUCGAAUCACUCUAACAUUUUGCUUCUCACAGUGAGUAGAUCCAGCAGCGGUAACUAAGAUGUAUGUAAUAUUACUAUGUUUUAUAUGUUUUUGCAUUGAAUCUAACUAUUCUAUGCACAUUUUGUAUUCUUUUUAGAAUUUAAACUAUAAACUAUUGUGAUUAAU